UGGAAGGUACCGUAGGAGUGUAUUGCAAUGCAAAGCGAUGCUGUCAGUCAGUGUGUGCUUUCCUCAUUUGCUUUACCCUACAGACACAGUGCGCGCGCAAUUUCAAAGCAAUCAAUAUACGUGAUACGUGUAGAUACGCGACCUCGGUCUACGUUGUAGAAGGGCGUUCUUACGUCUGUACGAGAAUCAUUCAAGAGAUCCUGGCCACGAAAUAGCGCUCCCUGACAUGUCGAGCAAGGUGUCGCGCGAGACGCUGUACGAAUGCGUCAACGCUGUACUCCAGUUUGCCAAGGACAAGAAGCGUAACUUCUUGGAGACGGUGGAACUCCAGAUCGCUCUAAAGAACUAUGACACGCAGAAGGACAAGCGGUUCGCCGGUUCCAUCCGGCUCAAGUACGUCACGAGGCCGAAUAUGCAGGUGUGCGUGCUAGGUGACCAGCAGCACUGCGACGAAGCUAAGGUCCUCAACGUGCCCUGCAUGGACGCCGAGGCUUUGAAGAAGCUGAACAAGAACAAGAAGAUGGUCAAGAAACUGGCCAAGAAGUAUGAUGCAUUCCUCGCCUCGGAGUCCCUCAUCAAGCAGAUCCCACGUCUCCUGGGCCCCGGGCUGAACAAGGCGGGCAAGUUCCCCAGUCCGCUAUCCCACCAGGAGUCCAUGUCGCAGAAGAUCGACGAAGUGAAGGCGACUGUAAAGUUCCAGAUGAAGAAAGUGCUCUGUCUAUCAGUGGCGGUCGGCAACGUUGACAUGGCCGCCGAUGAGCUCGCUCAGAAUGUGCAUUUGUCGGUCAACUUCUUGGUGUCCCUGUUGAAGAAGCACUGGCAGAACGUCCGGUCGCUGCACAUUAAAUCCACCAUGGGACCAUCCCAGAGAUUGUACUAAUUAUAUACUAUUUUUAAUUAUGUGUCCAGUGACGUAAGUUUCAUAUACCUAUGCAUAAAACAGUGCAUACUUUACCCUUAGAUAGGUUUAGGGUCCAUAGAUAGGUUUUAAAAAUAAACAAUAAAUAAGAAAGCGCCAUCUAAUUAAAUUUACUAUAUGAAGUUCGCGCGAUAAAAGGUUAGGCACCAUUAAUUAAACAUAAGAUAUUUUUACAAUAGAAUUUAAAUCUCAAGUAGCUACUACUAGUUAUAUCCAGGUAGACGUUUACAUCGUCAGGCAAUUAUUUAUCAAUUGAAAUAAACGGCUCUUAGGACUCGUAUGUAAAUAAGCAUGGUUAAAAAUGCAUAUCUUAUUUAGUUGGGUGUUCCUACACUGUGUGGCAUAUAAUUGAGUGCGUGUAUUUACCCGAUUUGCAUUGUUCCGCAUGAAUGUCUGUGCUUAUUUGCACGGAAUUUGAAUUUUAUUGAUUUAUUGGUAUUUUAGUGGUUUUACCGCCUUAAUUUUUUAUUUAAAUAUUAUAAUUAACGUAUUUAAAUACCUACCUUAUUGCUUAUACUUAUAAUAUUAACCCACCAAAAAACCAGCUAAAGGUUGAGAAGUAACAGGCGGGUGCGCGAGAUAACUUUAUAUUGCAGACUUCAUUUUGCGAACGAUCCCUGUUCGGUCGGAUUAUAUUUUCUUGUGGCCGUUCAAGACAAAAUAAUGCCGUAUUACUUAAUGACAAACUUCGAGGUUUGUAGUAAUUUAUGAAUACAAUAUGAGAUGGCGCUAAACAAAUAAUCACAAGUUUGUAUUUUCAAAAAAUAAGUAAACCAAUCAAAAGUUGUUCAAAUUAUGGUAAAUCAUAUAAGUUUACCAGGUGCUCAUUGGAAACUGAAAAAAUAAAAUUGUUUUUAUUUAGUGUUCAUUUAUCAAAAUGUAAUAUUUUUUUUAUUUUAAUCAUCAUCAUCGGAAACCUAUUAAUGUCCCAUCGCUAGGCGCAGGCGUCCUCUCCCAUGGAAGAGAGGGUUUUUAGAGCAUUCAAUUUAUCCGUUUCACACUACAUAAAUGAUAUAAUCGCCUUCUUCGUAUUAAAUCAUUGAAAAAAAAAAUUAAAGUACCUAUGUACUGCGCAGGUCUAUCGUCAGGGGGCUCUUUACGUAUGCGAAUUGCGAUCUACAAGGUAACAAUGCGGCAGUGGCGUGCACUUGCAUAAAAACAUAGUAUGUAACUUCCCCUAUAAGUAAAUUUUGUAAAACCCUUCUAUAUUAUUCGUUUUGAAUUGUUUCUGUUUCACGCUCUACCAUUACGAAGAAACCCUGAGCACGCCUGCUCACGUAUCAUUAUCAUCAAAACAUUAAUAAAUCGAUAUUUUUUAAUAAAAUGCAUUGUUUCUUUUUUCAAAUCCAUGCUAUUAUGUAAGCUAUAUGUACUAAAAUAUGGCAGAGCUAGUAAAAAUACUUACAGGGCAGAUUUUUUAAACUUGAUAGUCAUAUCUUUGUCUAGUGAGUACUAUUUGAUUAGGGAUUGAUAAGAUAAUUUGAAUUACUUCUAAGACAAAUAAACUGUUUAUUUAAUAAAAUAACGCGUUUCACUGUUAGGUUAUAAUAGC